AAAAGCCCUGAGUCUUCUCAUUCGCGCAGAAAACAAAUACAUUAGAACGCCGUAGACCGUAGUUUUAGGUGUUCAAAUCUUAAACGCCUCGUUGAAACAAAUUCCGAUUCACAAACGAGGCGCUACGUACCUAAACCCAUUAAAACGGAAGCAGCACUAUUGGACGUUAGAUUUUAAAUUGGAUUAGAUUUAUAUUAGUAGAUCCAUCGCGACAAUUUCAGCGUAUGGACGGCAUAAUGAAUAGGCUACGCAAUUUGGACGCUUAUCCGAAAAUCAAUGAGGAUUUCUACAGCCGUACACUCUCCGGUGGCCUUAUCACUCUCGUUUCCUCCGUCGUCAUGUUUUUACUCUUCUUCUCCGAGCUCCGAUUGUAUCUCCAUGCUGUGACUGAAACAAAGCUUGUGGUAGAUACUUCAAGAGGAGAAACUCUACGUAUCAAUUUUGACGUCACUUUCCCUGCACUUCCAUGUUCUAUACUCAGUCUUGAUGCCAUGGACAUCAGUGGGGAGCAACACCUUGAUGUAAAACAUGACAUUUUCAAGAAACGAUUAGACAAUCACGGCAAUGUUAUUGAAGCAAGACAGGAGGGGAUUGGUGCUCCUAAGAUUGAGAAGCCUUUACAGAGACACGGUGGCCGGCUAGAACACAAUGAGACAUAUUGUGGUUCCUGUUUUGGUGCUGAAACAUCAGAUGAAGAAUGUUGUAAUUCCUGUGAGGAUGUUCGUGAAGCAUAUCGGAAGAAAGGUUGGGCAUUGUCAAAUCCGGAUCUGAUUGACCAGUGCAAAAGAGAAGGUUUUUUGCAAAGAGUUAAGGAAGAAGAAGGUGAAGGAUGUAAUAUAUAUGGGUUCUUGGAAGUCAACAAGGUGGCUGGGAAUUUUCAUUUUGCUCCUGGGAAAAGCUUUCUUCAAUCAGGUGUUCAUGUACAUGACAUACUGGCAUUUCAGAAGGAUAGUUUUAAUAUUAGUCACCAGAUCAAUAAAUUAGCUUUUGGAGAACACUUUCCUGGUGUUGUCAAUCCUCUUGAUGGUGUGCAUUGGACACAUGAAACACCAAAUGGGAUGUAUCAAUAUUUUAUCAAGGUUGUACCUACUGUGUACACUGAUGUACAUGGGAAUACUAUCCAGUCAAAUCAGUUCUCUGUAACUGAACAUUUCAGGAGUGCAGAAAUAGGUCGUCUUCAGACCCUUCCAGGAAUCUUCUUUUUCUAUGACCUUUCUCCAAUCAAGGUGACUUUUACAGAAGAACAUGUGUCAUUCUUGCACUUCCUCACUAAUGUUUGUGCUAUUGUUGGGGGUGUUUUCACUGUUUCGGGAAUCAUAGACUCAUUUAUAUAUCAUGGUCAAAAGGCAAUCAAGAAGAAGAUGGAAAUUGGUAAAUUCAGUUGAUCAUUGAGUUGGGCAUAUUGCAGUGCUGUGUUUGGUUUGUCCACCAUUGCUUGCGUUGUGGGAGAAAUUCCAAAUGAAGAAAAAGGAAACCCUGGAAUGGACUCUCCCUGACGGGUUGAUGGACUUUUUUCAGUUACAAGUAAAGUUGGCUGAAUUAGACUAAUUUCUUAUGUGAAAAAUUGCCUCUGCCACUGAGCUAUUCAUGUAUCUGUCAAAUACUGGGGGUUUCUCAUUUUUUGCUGGAAAACUUGCUUAAAACUUGUUAGCGGGUAUAGUAAUAUAACAAAAAGUCUUGUAAGGUUAUUAUGGAGUCCACCAUAUACAUUUUUUAAUCUGUCCCAACA